AAAGAUGCCAAGACGCAAGAAUCGCAAAACAAACGUAAAGCGAUCGUAUGGUCAAACGUUUGGCACGAAAGAAGAUGAAGAAGAAAGAUCAGGAGACAUCUACGAUCAUGCACUUACAGAAGCUGAUCAAUUUCCAGAAAACAUGUUGAAGUAUUGGAGACAGAGAAGAUCUCUGUUUACAUUAUUUGAUGGAUCUUCAAUCACUGGAGAACUUCCAUUGCUUGAUCGUGAAUCUUGGUAUAGUAUCACACCUGAACCAAUCGCAGCUCGAAUCGCACAGAGAUGUAGAUGUGGAAUCGUGUUGGAUGCUUUUUGCGGUGUAGGUGGAAAUGCGAUCCAAUUUGCACUGACGUGUGAAAGAGUGAUUGCGAUCGAUAUUGAUCCGAUCAAACUUGAAAUGGCAAAACAUAACGCUCGAGUGUAUGGAGUGGAACAAUACAUCACCUUUCUGCAAGGUGAUUGGCGUGAAUUUUCAAAAGCAUGGAUUCGUGACAGAGACACAAACGCACUCGCAGCAGAUAAACAAUCGGACGAUUUGAAUUGGCAAAAAUGUCAACAACUCAACUUUGACGUCGUCUUUCUUUCACCUCCUUGGGGCGGUGUAUCUUAUCGAACUCUUCAAAGUGAAACGCCGCAAAAGUUUGUGCCACUUGCACCUGCCACUCCCACCAUCGAUGUCGAACAAGAUGAGAACUUUUAUCCGCUCUCAGCUUUGGCUCCUUCUGGUGGGAAAGACUUGUUCGAAACAGCCUCCAAGCUAACACCAAACGUGUGCAUGUUUGUACCACGUACGGUAGAUUUGCAGGAAUUGGCAUCUCUGGUGGACAAGAAUGGGUCACAGUCCAAGAUCUCAGUCGAGGAACAAUGGCUUCGCGGUCGUUGCAAAGCACUCUCUUGUUAUUUCGGAGAAUUGGCAGAGUGGAAAGAAGAAGAAGAAGUUGAUCAAGAAUAACUCAUUUCUGUACAACAAUGUCAUCAUCUGUAUUAUAAAUUGCACUCAAUGUAUGUAUGUGUAUGUAUAAUGAAUUGCUA